AUGGUUGCGCAGUACACGCUAUACUUUUCGGAGAAGUCAUAUGCAAUGCUGCGAUGGCGAGUUGGGAUUUGCCGCCGCGACAAGAACGGCGUGGGCGCUAAUGAUUCAGCAUACUACUGUGGGCCGCUCAAGGACUUCCCUUUUACCGCGCCGACCAAGGAAGCAAUGGACACCCGCCUCUCUGUCCGAACUGCUAAUGACAGUGGACGAUUUUACUUGGUCAGCAGUGUGGGCUUCGAUUGGGCGCUUUUACGCAUAGCAUAUGUUUCGAUAGUCAUGGAUAAGUUAUUAAGUAGUAAGGAG